GCGGUUGUAUCUUGCGAUCGAAACUGUAUCGCAAAGAUACUAAAUAUUCAGCCAAAAAUUCGUUGGCAUUAAGAUACCGAAAUUCGGGCAGUAGAAUAUUAUACUGAUUUAUUUGUGAAACCUAAUUGAAAUCCUUUCAAAAGUGCUUUUAUCUAAAUGUAUAAUUAAACGUAUACACAGUUAACUGUUUGUCCGCCAACUGAUUACGGUCAUUAAGCAAAUAAAUGCAGAGUCAAUAGCAAACUAACCAGAAAGCUAAUUGCAUUGGGCAGUGAAAGAAAUAAAUGAGCAUUUACUAAUUAAUUACACAAAAAAACGCAUUUAAAUCCAUCAGAAAAGUAAUUAAUUUUUGUGGGUUUAGAUUGCAAUGAAGCCCAGAAGCCCCUGAAGAUGUAUUGCACUUCAUAGAGUAGCAGAAUUUCGAACUAAAGUACAAGUUUUGAAGGAUAUCAUAUCCUCAUUAGGAUACACAACUAAAACCAAAAAGAAAAAAGUGUUGUGGCAAUGGACUUAAUCGAGCAGGAAUCCCGCCUGGAAUUCUUGCCCGGAGCCGAGGAGGAAGCGGAAUUUGAGCGUCUGUACGCGGCUCCCGCUGAGAUUGUGGCUCUGUUGUCCAUUUUCUAUGGGGGAAUCAGUAUCGUGGCCGUCAUUGGCAACACUUUGGUCAUCUGGGUGGUGGCCACGACCAGGCAAAUGCGGACCGUGACAAAUAUGUAUAUCGCUAAUUUGGCUUUUGCCGAUGUGAUUAUUGGCCUCUUCUGCAUACCAUUUCAGUUCCAGGCUGCCCUGCUGCAAAGUUGGAACCUGCCGUGGUUCAUGUGCAGCUUCUGCCCCUUCGUCCAGGCCCUGAGUGUGAAUGUCUCGGUAUUCACGCUGACCGCCAUUGCAAUCGAUCGGCACAGGGCCAUCAUUAAUCCACUUAGGGCACGUCCCACCAAGUUCGUAUCGAAGUUCAUAAUUGGUGGAAUUUGGAUGCUGGCCCUUCUGUUUGCGGUGCCCUUUGCCAUUGCCUUUCGGGUGGAGGAGUUGACCGAAAGGUUUCGUGAGAACAAUGAGACCUACAAUGUGACGCGCCCAUUCUGCAUGAACAAGAACCUGUCGGAUGAUCAAUUGCAAUCCUUUCGCUACACCCUGGUUUUCGUGCAGUAUCUGGUUCCAUUCUGUGUGAUCAGCUUUGUCUACAUCCAGAUGGCGGUACGAUUGUGGGGCACACGUGCCCCUGGAAACGCACAGGAUUCACGGGACAUAACGCUGUUGAAAAACAAGAAGAAGGUCAUCAAAAUGCUGAUUAUCGUGGUCAUUAUCUUUGGACUCUGCUGGCUGCCACUGCAGCUCUAUAAUAUUCUGUAUGUCACGAUACCGGAAAUCAACGACUACCACUUCAUUAGCAUCGUCUGGUUUUGCUGCGAUUGGCUGGCCAUGAGCAAUAGUUGCUACAACCCUUUUAUUUAUGGCAUCUACAACGAAAAAUUUAAGCGGGAAUUCAACAAGCGAUUUGCGGCCUGUUUCUGCAAGUUCAAGACGAGCAUGGACGCCCACGAAAGGACAUUUUCGAUGCACACCCGCGCCAGCUCCAUAAGGUCAACCUACGCCAACUCCUCGAUGCGAAUCCGGAGUAAUCUCUUUGGCCCGGCGCGCGGUGGUGUCAACAAUGGGAAGCCGGGCUUGCAUAUGCCGCGGGUGCAUGGGUCCGGUGCUAACAGCGGCAUUUACAACGGAAGUAGUGGGCAGAACAACAAUGUCAAUGGCCACCAUCAUCAGCAUCAAAGCGUGGUUACCUUUGCUGCCACUCCGGGUGUUUCGGCAUCAGGUGUUGGCGUUGCAAUGCCGCCGUGGCGCCGGAACAACUUCAAACCUCUGCAUCCGAACGUAAUCGAAUGCGAGGACGACAUGGCACUCAUGGAGCUGCCAUCGGCCACGCCGCCCAGCGAGGAGUUGGCAUCCGGCGGCGGAGUCCAGUUGGCCCUGCUCAGCAGGGAGAGCUCCAGCUGCAUUUGCGAGCAGGAAUUUGGCAGCCAAACCGAGUGCGAUGGCACCUGCAUACUCAGCGAGGUGUCGCGAGUCCACCUGCCCGGCUCGCAGACGAAGGAGAAGGAUGCGGGCAAGUCCUUGUGGCAACCACUUUAAUUUAAACUAGAGCGAUCUAAGUUAUAGCCGUGUUCCAAUGACACAUUCCGCAGCCAGUCGGCAUUCACAUAUGAUGUGUAUUCCAGCAAAUAAGCUGUCGUAGCUCAUUCAUUUAACGUAUGUGUGUAAAUGUUUUAGUGAAUGACUAUUAUUAAGUUACAGCUACUACACUAACAUGUUCAAAUUGUAUUGUAAUUGUAUUUAAGGCUUUAGUAAAAUCCCUAAUCAGUGUUUAGAUACCCGCAACUAAAUGUGUCAUUGGAACACGACCAUUUGCCUCUGUGAUUUCGUCUUAAUGAAUUGUGAUUACAAGUCCCAUUGCUGAUAAUUGUUACGCAGCAGGAUAUUUUGAAUGAGUGUGAAUGCUGGUCGUGAGCCGUGUACAGUAUUAUAAUAAUGGUAUCUUCAAAUUGCGAUCCUUAAAGCACGAAGUCCAAACGUUGUAAAUAAUCGAUUCUUUAAAGACCUUAUCAAACUCAAACCAAAACUCACCAAAUCAAAUGUAUUAAUAGCUGAACAAAAAAAUGAAUCAACUUAAAUUAGCACCUGAAAUCAAUUAAGUAGCAUUAAAUUAUUUAAAUAGUAUUUUAAUAACAAUCCGAUUAUGUAUUAAAUCCUACACAAGCACACAGCUGGAUGUAAGCAAAUGUAAUGUACAAUAUUUGUCAUUAAAAAACAGAAAGGCUAAUUAAUGUAAUUAUUAUUGUAUUAAAUUACCAAACGAAUAAACAUUUCGAGUCAUUAAGCAAACAAACUAAA